CCGCAGGAGGGAGGUUGUGCGCAUGCGCGAGCAUGCGCAGCAGUCCAUCCGGAAAUCGCUGCCAGCAUGGAGGCAAAGAAAGGCGAAGAAUGUCAAGAAAGUGCGGAAAGAAAAGUACGCAAGAUGGAAUGGAAUACACUUGUUGUAGAUAUGAUGAAAGAGACAGCUAUGAAACUAUGUUCUGAACAAAAGAAAGCCUUUAAUGACUGUUGUAAAGAGAAUGGUAUUCUGAUGACGUUCUCAUGCCGAAAGGAAAGUCAAGCACUGAAAUCCUGUAUUAAUGGCUACUACAAUGAUCCAGAAUUUGUCAAAGAACAUGAGACUAAAUAUUUGAUGAAAAAGAGUCAGGAACAGAAGCCUAAAAAUUAGCAUACACCUUCUUCCAGAUUAUAAAUGCUUUUUCUGAUCUUUUUGUUUCUUAUUUGAAACAUAAAUAUUUAAAAAUGGAAUUUAGAAGACUACAAUAUGGGACACCCUCAAUGCACCUGAUGGUAUUGAAGCAAAUGGAGUAUGUACAGUAUGCUAUCAUUUUGUAAAUAAUGUGCCUACAUAUAGGAAUCUCCAAAAGAUCCGGUGACUUGAGUAAUAGAAGAACAUCCAACUCGGUAACGAAAUUCUUCAGUUUAAUGUCAAGCAUUCAGAUAUGAAACAGGUUGCCAUAAUUGCAUUGGUGCAUCUUGUGAAUAUUAAUAAUUUUUAAAAUUCUA